AUGUUCUCUGCCCGCAACGUCGUCCGAUCUGCGCCCCGCGCUGUCUCCCGACUCUCAGGCGCUGCUCUGCGACAGACCGCCCGUCCCAGCGCCUUCACCAAGGCUGCUUCUGCCCUGCGACCCGCCCAGGCUGCAUUCUCUACAACAAGCUUCCGCAAGGCUACCGACAACGAUGGUGAGCUUAGCGCCAAGCUCGAGAGCGAGAUCAAGAUCGAGGAGGACAUCAAGGCCAGCGAGCAGGACCCUGCCAGCAUUAAGGAUUUCUUGAACAACAGCGCCUUUGAGCUCAUUGACACACCCGGUCAGGAGAUUGUCAAGCUGGUUCGCGACUUUGGCGACGAGAAGAUCACCGUCAGCUUCUCCAUUGCCGAUAUCACCAACUACGACCCCUACGGCGAGGAGAGCGCACUCGAGGACGAGGGUUUUGAGGAUGAGGGCGCCCAGGGCAGCCAGCGCAACGCUCGUGCCAACGAGGAAAUCGAUGAGGAGCUCGAGGAGGAUGCUGAGGAGGAGAGCAACCCCCCUAUCAACCUAUCAAUUGUUGUCGAGAAGCCUGGCAAGGCCUCUGGAGCCCUGAACAUCGACGCUAGCGCUCAGGAAGGACACAUUGUCGUCGAGAACCUCUUCUAUUACACCGACGCCUCGGUCGCCAAGGUCGAGAGCCCCGACGCCGCCCAGAAGCGUGCCGAUGUCUACCCCGGACCCCCUUUCGGCAGCCUCGACGACGACCUCCAGGUCCUCAUGGAGCGCUUCCUCGAGGAGCGUGGCAUCACUCAGGCCCUUGCUGUCUUUGUUCCCGACUACGUGGACGUCAAGGAGCAGCGAGAGUACACUCGGUGGUUGAACAACGUCAAGACUUUCAUUGAUGCUUAG